AUGAUUUGGUGGAAUAUCAUCUGACGGCCACCAUUAGCGCAGCCAGGGGCUCAAGACGAUUUCCCCUGGUUUUGCCAUGUUUCGCCUCAUCCGGUUUCACUAAGUUUCAGGCCGCAGAUCUGCAACUUGCAGAUUGACUCGACUCAUGACUGACUCCUCGUUGAAGGUGAUCGCAGAGACCUUCCUCAUCGGGGGUGGGUACAUUCUCACAAGCGCCUGCUUGCUUAACUUCAACAAAUAUUUGAUGAAUGGCCGCUUUCCGUAUGCAAAGGUUUUUACAACCUUUCAUAUGAUUAUGGCUACCCUACUUUCACUGCUGCUUUACAAAUUUGCUCCUUCCCUGUAUCCAAGCAUGGACAAAGCGAGAGCAAACUGGAAAGCUGUCUUGAAGUUCAUGGUGCCGUUGGGAUGUCUUUUUGCAAUGAAUUUGUACCUCUCAAACAAAGCACUUCAAUAUUGCACUCUGUCAUUUGUGCAGUUCUGCAAAGAAGGGAAUGUGGCACUGAUGUUCGCAUUGGCCUGCUUAAUAGGGCUGCAAGCCUUCACUUGGUACAAGGUGAGAAUUCUCAGCAUCGUGAUGCUAGGCUGUGCGUUGUGCGCGCAUGGUGAGCCUGAAUUUGCCAUGAAGGGCUUUUUAUUGCAGAUCAGCGCCCAGGUUGCCGAAUGUGUUAAGAACCUGAUUGGAGAGGUGGUGAUGUCUGGGUCAGGUAUGAAACUGGACGUGUUGACCUUUGUGGCGUUUCAAGCUCCAAUUUCCUUUGUGCCUCUCUUCAUCUUCAUGGUUCAGUCAUGGCAACCGGGAGUUUGGGCGGCCUUACAGGCGAAUUGGUUUCUGCUCAUUUUGAACGCCUUGAAUGCGUUUGCUUUGAACGUGGUCAUUGCCACCAGUUUGAAGCGUAUGUCUGCAGUAGCCUUUGUCGUCAUCGGCGUUGUGAAAGACGGUAUUAUUGUGAUAACAUCAGCUAUGAUUCAGGGCGAUCCCAUCUCUACUCAGCAGAAGGUGGGUUUUGCAGUGAUUGUGGUCGGCAUUCUCUUGUGGGGCCAUAUGAAGAUCCAAGAGCGAAAAACAAAUCAAGAGCAACAACUACAGCAACUACAGGAACAGAAUGUCGAAGAUGCAUCGAUCAAAGAAACGGAACUCGUCGCUAUCGCGGACUUGGGGGAACCUUCUCCGACUUCACGUGCUUUAGCGAACAGUAAUGAUUCAAUCUGAGCAGAAAAA